GAACAGAAGAUGUCAUGCCCUCAUCCGCUGUUGCUGACCAAGACAGAUCGACAGCAACGCCAAUGUCCGUUAGCCUUUGUUCUCUCUGACUCCCACGCAGUCGUCGCGAUGUAACAUGCACAGCGCGGAUCAGUAAUCUGACCGCGACUCGACAAGUACCCGGAGACAUGUCCGCCAUCACGCUGCGCCCGCCAACCUUCUCACCCGCCAAUCCUCCAGCCGACUUCAAGAAUCCUUCAAUAGCAUGGCUCACCGAGACCUGGCACGUCACGCACUCUAGUCUCCCCAUGUGGAAGAGCAAGAAGAAUGUGCGCAUUCAAUACACGCCCUUAGACCCAUCGUCGCCAUCUAUCGCGAAAGAGAACACGGACAGAAUCGACGACGUGGUCACCUCGCAGCCGCUCCACGGCGUCAAGGUCUCUACGAUACGGGGCGUCGAUACAGUAGCAGGAACUGGCGACAGUAGAGGCGAAUGGAACUGGCGCGGCAAAGGCUGGCUCAUGAUCGCCAGCAGCCAUUGGGAGGUUCUAGGUUGGGGAGAAGAGCAGAACAACAAUGGCAACAAGUGGGCAGUAACGUGCUUCGCGAAGACGCUUUUCACGCCUGCGGGCAUUGAUGUUUACUCGCAAGGCCGUGGAGGCGUUCUGCCAGAGACUCUUGAAGAGAUCAAGACUGCGUUGGCACAAGUGGAUGAUGCGGACAUUAAGAAGAUGGCCAAAGACAUAUUCGCAAUCGUGAUUGACGAUUCACGGAAGGAUUAAAAUCAACAGGACGGCAAACAGGGCCAUAUAGAAUGCAAUAUUCGGUGUAAAUAAUACAUUAAUCCUGCUCGUCAUGAGCUCGCAGAACUC